AUGCCUCAAGAUGCUGAUCUUCAAUCAUUUUUCAAUCAUCGCUUUGCUUUAAUACUAAACAACAAUUUGCUUUGCUUCCAGACGGAGUACAACCGGGUUGUCAUUCCAGCCUCCCUUAAGCAGAAAGUUCUUAAACUUCUUCAUGAUGGACAUUGGGGAGUAUCGAGAAUGAAACAGCUAGCUGGACAACAUGUCUGGUGGAUUAAUAUUGACAAAGACAUCGCACAAUUAACUGAAAAUUGUGAUAUGUGCAAAAUUGCAAAUCCUGUUUACGCACGUGAAUACGUAAGCUGGCCUGAAGCUGAUCGACCUUGGGAGAGAGUACAUAUCGACUUUGGUGGUCCAUUCUGUAAUUCAAUGUGGCUAAUUUGUGUCGACGCUUUCUCGCAAUUUCCGUUCGUCGUACAACUAUCUACAACAACAACGGUUGACACCAUAUCAAAAUUGUCUUCUAUAUUUUCUCUGGAAGGUAUACCAGAAACCAUCGUUAGUAACAAUGGUCCGCAAUUUACAGCUGAAGCAUUCAAACAUUUUUGCUCAAAAUUUGGCAUCAAAGAUAUAACAACAGCGCCGUUUCAUCCAGCCUCAAACGGGUUAGCCGAACGAUUCGUCAGAUCUUUUAAAACUGCUGUUAAGAAAAACAUUGACGAUGGAUUGUCUCUCAAAUUCGCUGUAUCAAAAUACCUUGCAACCUAUCGUGCAAUGCCGAAUUCUGAGGGCAAAUCACCUGCAGAACUUUUACAUGGAAGGCCUGUUCGUACCCUGUUGAGUCAACUGUUUGAAUCGCCUAGGAAGCACCUUGAAGCUUCGAAACGGAAAAUGAAAUUCAGUCUAAAGCAACCCGUCUUCGCUCGAAACUACGCAAAAGGGGAAAAAUGGAUAAAAGUAGUUAUUGUGAAACAACUUGGUAAAAUGGUUUACCGAGUAAACACAUCUUUUGGUUACAUCAAACGUCACGUUAAUCAGCUUAAUACUAGAAGUAGCUCUGACCUCUCUUCUCAACCAAUUUUUGAAUUCGCUCCAAAUUUCAGCAAUGCCACACCGCCUUCAUCUAGCCAAUCAACAUUAAUGCCUAGUGAAGAACGUUCUACCGAAGUAGUUCAACUUCGAAAAAGUGGUCGUAUUCGGAAGGAUGUAAAUCGGUUUGAAUCCGACGAUUUCAGGAAAGCUUAA